AUGAAUCGAGGGGACUGUGAAGGGGCGGCGAUGAGUACGAGCGCGCUAGCAACGUGCCCUGGCGAUUUUGGACGUGCUGGGACCAUAUGGAUCAAUGCGUGCGGGGGUUCAGCGCUUCAGCGCUCAGCACGAUGGUGUGCGGUGGAAUAUAAUUUGGUGGUGUUCGGUCUGGGAGGGCAAAUGGGCACCGCCUUGGGAUGGGAUGGGAUGGGCUGCGGCGUCAGAAUGCUUGAUCCAGGCGAAGAGUGGAGGAAGAGCACUGAAGUAGCAUCGAGCACAGCUUAG